AGCUACCGGAGCCCCAGGACGCAGCCGAGCCUCCCGGGCCCCCGCCGACUCCUUCCCGAGGCUGGCUGUGGCGUCAUGUGACCCGCGGCGCGGCCAAUCCGCGCAGCCCUCGAUGCUAUUCAAAUCGGCGGCGGGGCCAACGGUUGUGCCGAGACUCGCCACUGCCCCGGCCGCUGGGCCUGAGUGUCGCCUUCGCCGCCAUGGACGCCACCCGGCGCUGACAGACCUAUGGAGAGUCGGGGCGUGCCUCCCGGGCCUUAUCGGGCCACCAGGCUGGAAUGCCCUUCAGGCGAGCACGUAUUAUUAGCCCUACUUUACCAGUGUGCACACUGAGGCUGACAGACGUUAAAUGCCUUCUAAAGUCACAUCAACAGCAAGUGGCAGAGCUAGAAUUCAGAUCUUCCUGGUAUGGCGAUCUUACAUGGAUUCUGCUACUUGUGGAAUGAAGUUACCACAUCUUUUCGUGCAGGAAUGCCUCUAAGAAAACACAGACAACACUUUAAAAAAUAUGGCAAUUGUUUCACAGCAGGAGAAGCAGUGGAUUGGCUUUAUGACCUAUUAAGAAAUAAUAGCAAUUUUGGUCCUGAAGUUACAAGGCAACAGACUAUCCAACUGCUGAGGAAAUUUCUUAAGAAUCAUGUAAUUGAAGAUAUCAAAGGGAGGUGGGGAUCAGAAAAUGUUGAUGAUAACAACCAGCUCUUCAGAUUUCCUGCAACUUCGCCACUUAAAACUCUACCACGAAGGCAUCCAGAAUUGAGAAAAAACAACAUAGAGAACUUUUCCAAAGACAAAGAUAGUAUUUUUAAAUUACGAAACUUAUCUCGUAGAGCUCCUAAAAGGCAUGGAUUACAUUUAUCUCAGGAAAAUGGUGAGAAAAUAAAGCAUGAAAUAAUCAAUGAAGAUCAAGAAAAUGCAAUUGAUAAUAAAGAACUAAGCCAGGAAGAUGUUGAAGAAGUUUGGAGACAUGUUAUUCUGAUCUACCUGCAAACCAUUUUAGGUGUGCCAUCCCUAGAAGAAGUCAUAAAUCCAAAACAAGUAAUUCCCCAAUAUAUAAUGUACAACAUGGCCAAUACAAGUAAACAUGGAGUAGUUAUACUACAAAACAAAUCAGAUGACCUCCCUCAUUGGGUAUUAUCUGCCAUGAAGUGCCUAGCAAAUUGGCCAAGAGGCAAUGAUAUGAAUAAUCCAACUUAUGUUGGAUUUGAACGAGAUGUAUUCAGAACAAUCGCAGAUUAUUUUCUAGAUCUCCCUGAACCUCUACUUACUUUUGAAUAUUACGAAUUAUUUGUGAACAUUUUGGUUGUUUGUGGCUACAUCACAGUUUCAGAUAGAUCCAGUGGGAUACAUAAAAUCCAAGAUGAUCCACAGUCUUCAAAAUUCCUUCACUUAAACAAUUUGAAUUCCUUCAAAUCAACUGAGUGCCUUCUUCUCAGUCUGCUUCAUAGAGAAAAAAACAAAGAAGAAUCAGAUUCUACUGAGAGACUACAGAUAAGCAAUCCAGGAUUUCAAGAAAGGCGUGCUAAGAAAAUGCAGCUAGUUAAUUUAAGAAACAGAAGAGUGAGUGCUCAUGACAUAAUGGGAGGAAGUUGUCAUAAUUUAAUAGGGUUAAGUAGUAUGCAUGAUCUAUCCUCUAACAGCAAACCAAGAUGCUGUUCUUUGGAAGGAAUUGUAGAUGUGUCAGGGAAUUCAAGUAAAGAGGCAUCCAGUGUCUUUCAUCAAUCUUUUCCGAACAUAGAAGGACAAAAUAAUAAACUGUUUUUAGAGUCUAAGCCCAAACAGGAAUUCCUGUUGAAUCUUCAUUCAGAGGAAAAUAUUCAAAAGCCAUUCAGUGCUGGUUUUAAGAGAACCUCUACUUUGACUGUUCAAGACCAAGAGGAGUUGUGUAAUGGGAAAUGGAAGUCAAAACAGCUUUGUAGGUCUCAGAGUUUGCUUUUAAGAAGUAGUAUAAGAAGGAAUAGUUAUAUCAAUACACCAGUGGCUGAAAUUAUCAUGAAACCAAAUGUUGGACAAGGCAGCACAAGUGUGCAAACAGCUAUGGAAAGUGAACUCGGAGAGUCUAGUGCCACAAUCAAUAAAAGACUCUGCAAAAGUACAAUAGAACUUUCAGAAAAUUCUUUACUUCCAGCUUCUUCUGUGUUGACUGGCACACAAAGUUUGCUGCAACCUCAUUUAGAGAGGGUUGCCAUCGAUGCUUUACAGUUAUGUUGUUUGUUACUUCCCCCACCAAAUCGUAGAAAGCUUCAACUUUUAAUGCGUAUGAUUUCCCGAAUGAGUCAAAAUGUUGAUAUGCCCAAACUUCAUGAUGCAAUGGGUACGAGAUCACUGAUGAUACAUACCUUUUCUCGAUGUGUGUUAUGCUGUGCUGAAGAAGUGGAUCUUGAUGAGCUUCUUGCUGGAAGAUUAGUUUCUUUCUUAAUGGAUCAUCAUCAGGAAAUUCUUCAAGUACCCUCUUACUUACAGACUGCAGUGGAAAAACAUCUUGACUACUUAAAAAAGGGACAUAUUGAAAAUCCUGGAGAUGGACUAUUUGCUCCUUUGCCAACUUACUCAUACUGUAAGCAGAUUAGUGCUCAAGAGUUUGAUGAGCAAAAAGUUUCUACCUCUCAAGCUGCAAUUGCAGAACUUUUAGAAAAUAUUAUUAAAAACAGGAGUUUACCUCUAAAGGAGAAAAGAAAAAAACUAAAACAGUUUCAGAAGGAAUAUCCUUUGAUAUAUCAGAAAAGAUUUCCAACCACGGAGAGUGAAGCAGCACUUUUUGGUGACAAACCUACAAUCAAGCAACCAAUGCUGAUUUUAAGAAAACCAAAGUUCCGUAGUCUAAGAUACUAACUGAAUUAAAAAUUAUGUAAUACUUGUGGAACUUUGAUAAAUGAAGCCAUAUCUGAGAAUGUAGCUACUCAAAAGGAAGUCUGUCAUUAAUAAGGUAUUUCUAAAUAAACACAUUAUGUAAGGAAGUGCCAAAAUAGUUGUUUAUCAAUGUGAGACUCUUAGGAAACUAACUAGAUCUCAAUUGAGAGCACAUAACAAUAGGUGAUACCAAGUACUUUUUGUUUUUAACACAGCUAUCCAGUAAGGCUAUCAUGAUGUGUGCUAAAAUUUUAUUUACUUGAAUUUUGAAAACUGAGCUGUGUUAGGGAUUAAACUAUAAUUCUGUUUUUAAAAGAAAAUUUAUCUGCAAAAGUGCAAGUUCUGAGAUAUUAGCUAAUGAAUUAGUUGUUUGGGGUUACUUCUUUGUUUCUAAGUAUAAGAAUGUGAAGAAUAUUUGAAAACUCAAUGAAAUAAUUCUCACCUGCCAAAUGUUGCACUCUUUUAUAUAUUCUUUUUCCACUUUUGAUCUAUUUAUAUAUAUGUAUGUGUGUUUUAAAAUAUGUGUAUAUUUUAUCAGAUUUGGUUUUGCCUUAAAUAUUAUCCCCAACUGCUUCAGUCAUUCAUUUGUUCAAUAUAUAUAUUUUGAAUUCUAGUUUUCAUAAUCUAUUAGAAGAUGGGGAUAUCAAAGAAGUAUAAGGCAAUCAUAUAUUCAUUCAAAAUAUAUUUAUUUAGCAACUGCUAUGUGCCUUUCAUUGUUCGAGAUAUGCGGAGACAAUGAUAAAUAAAACAUAUAAUCUCUUCCAUAAGGUAUUUAUUUUUUAAUCAAGGGAGAUACACCUAUCAGAUGCUUAAAAUAAUAACACUACCCACUGAAAUCAGGGCAUAUAGAAUCAUUCAGCUAAAGAGUGACUUCUAUGAUGAUGGAACAGGUCUCUAAGCUAGUGGUUUUCAAACUGGUGCACAUUAGACUCACCCGAGGAGAUUUAAAACAGCCUAUAUGCCCAGGGCCUAACUUAUACUAAUUAAAUCUGAAUUUUGGGGAUGUUGUAUAGGGAUUAGUAUUUUUUUUUUAAUCUAGGUGAUUCCAAUAUUCAGCCAACUGUGAGAAUCAAUGGCCUAAAUGCUUUUUAUAAACAUUUUUAUAAGUGUCAAGAUAAUGGCACAUUGACUUUAUUUUUUCAUGGGAAGAAAAUGCCUGCCAAGCAUAAAUGACUUUCAUCUUAAAACAAGGUUCUUCAGGUCUGCUUGAUUGUCUUGGUACAAACUUGAAGCAAGUUGCCUUCUAUUUUUUACUCCAAGAUUGUUUCAUAUCUAUUCCUUAAGUGUAAAGAAAUAUAUAAUGCCUGGGUUGUAAUAAAAUCUUAAUAUUUAAUGACUAUUCUCAUUUCUCAAUGUAAUUUCAUACUGUUUCUCUAUAAAAUGAUAGUAUUCCAUUUAACAUUACUGAUUUUUAUUAAAAACCUGGACAGAAAAUUAUAAAUUAUAAAUAUGACUUUAUCCUGGCUAUAAAAUUAUUGGACCAAAUUGAAUUCUUUCUAAGGCAUUUGUAUACUAAAACUUUUAUUGUUUAUACAUAUAGAUAUGUAAAAUGUGGAUUAUGUUGCAAAUUGAGAUUAAAAUUAUUUGGAAUUUUGUAACAAUA